AUGUAUGCAGAUGGUGGCCCUUUAAGUGGACAGCUCCCGGUGCUGACUCGUGAGUUUUGUCCUCCGAGUAUAAAAGCUGCGCUCCCCUUUCUACUGCAGUUUGCUCUCUACAUUUGUGCCGACAUGAGUUUCACGGCGGAGAGUCACUACUUCAGCCCGAGCUCUUACCGCAAGGCUCGCCCUGCGUCCGCGUCCAGCGGGUUCCACUCGCAGCAGCGCCGCCGCCUCACGUACAGCCAGCCGUCCUCGGUGGACAGUGUUGACAUUUUCAAUGGGGACAUGGGAACCCGGAGGAGCGAAAAAGAGAUCCUGCAGGCGCUUAAUGACCGAUUUGCAGGAUACAUAGACAAGGUGCGCAGUUUGGAGAUGCACAACCGCAACUUGGAGGCGGAGGCAGAGGCUCUGCGCCAGAGCCAGAGCGGGCGCGUCUCUGUGGGGGACCACUACGAGCGGGAGAUGGGGGAGCUCCGGGCUCUGCUCCAACAGCUGAGCGGGGACAGGACCCGGGCAGUGCUGGAGCAGGACCACCUGGAAGAGGACAUCCAGCACGUCCGCGCCAGGCUGGAGGAUGAAGCGCGCAACCGCGAAGAGCUCGAGGCUGCUGCCCGUGCCAUGAAGAAAUACGCAGAAGAGUGUCGCCUUGCGCGACUAGAACUGGACAAGAAACUUCGUGCACUUGAGGAAGAGUCCGCCUUUUUGAAGAAGAAUCACGAAGAGGAAGUCGAAGAACUGCUGGCUCAGAUUCAAGGCGCGCAGAUGAACUUCGACGCACCAGACACGCUCAAGACGGACGUAACCACCGCACUUCGAGAGAUCCGCGCGCAGCUGGACACUCAUGCAACCAACAGUGCCAUGCACUCUGAGGAGUGGUUCAAAGUGCGAAUGGACCACCUGUCUGAGGCUGCUCGGUCUAACCAGGGGGCAAUACGUGCGACUCAAGAAGAGAUAGGAGACUUCCGCCGUCAGCUGCAGAAUCGCACCAUCGAGCUUGAAACUUUACGUGGGACCAAAGAAUCACUGGAAAGGCAGUGUAUGGCGAGUGAAGACAGGCACCAAGAUGAGCUCAACUCACUCCAGGGGACCAUCAACCAGUUGGACCGUGACUUGAAGAGCACAAAAUGGGAAAUGGCCAGCCAGCUAAAAGAUUACCAGGAACUUCUGAAUGUAAAGAUGGCUCUAGAUAUUGAGAUCGCAGCAUACAGGAAAUUACUGGAAGGAGAAGAGAACCGCUUUUCCUCUGGAGGAGGAACAUACCCGUAUCUGGAACGCAGAUUCUCAGGGUUCAUUAAAGUGAAAGGAGACGAGAUUUCUGACACUGUGAUUGCGGAAGAACAGACAGACGAGACUCAGGUUACAGAGGCGACAGAAGCAGAUGAAGAUGAUGACACCAAAGGAGAUGAUGAGGAAGACACUAAAGUAGAUGAGGAAGACACUAAAGGAGAUGAUAAGGAAGACACAAAAGGAGAUGAGGAAGACACAAAAGGAGAUGAGGAAGACACAAAAGGAGAUGAUGAGGAAGACACAAAAGGAGAUGACGACAAAGAUAAAACCAAAGACGAUCAAGGUGAAAAGGAGGGUGAAAGUGACAAAGAAACUAACUCCAAGUCCCCUUCUGAUAAAACUCCAGAUACUAAAUCUCCACAAAAAUCCCCAUUGCCCAAAUCUCCAGCAAAAAAGUCCCCGUCUGCAGAGGAACCAAAGUCUGGCACAGAGAAAGUGGCUUCCAAAGACUCUUCAAACAAAGAGAAAAAAGAUGAGAAACCUGUAAAGGAGGACAAACCAGGUAAAAAUGACAAGAAGCCCCAAGAGGAGACCGACGGCAAAGCAAGCAACAAUAAGAAAGAAGAACCAGCGCCUAAACUUGAUGAAUCUGUGAAGCCAGCUGUGCCUAAAAAAGAGGAUCCUCCAGCACAAAAAUCAGCAAAAACAGAGCCAGAGAAACCAGACCCAAAGAAAGCUGAGAAGAUGCCUGAACCUAAGUCUGAAAAGGUUGAUGUCAAGAAAGAAGACAAAAAGUCUGAAGAAAAAAAGGAUGAGAGUAAAGAAACGAAAGCCAAAUCCACUGGAACCAAUAGCAAGUAG